AUGGACUUGAUUUACCGAGGCAUCGGAGUCCCGGCGAAACCAAGAAAUCUCAUGAUUGAUCUGCUAGGUGAUGGCAUAAUUGAUGUGCGCACCGCGUUUGGGUGGAUAUCAACUGGACCGCGUGAAUUCGGAAUAGGGCAAGGUUCAAUACUUUCGAUUCUGCACAUAGCGUGUUAUAUGGACUGCCUGCAAGAACAAUUGGCGGACUGUCCUGACCCUGUUGAAGUUCGACACCACCAAACCGGAGGAGGCAUAGAGAUCAGUAGCACGCUCUUUGUCGAUGACCAACUUGAUAUCACCACCUCGCUCCGUGGAAUUCAAGCUAGAGCCAAGACGACAAAUAUCUUUACGGGCAAAGCGGGUACUGGAGGCGUGUUUGGUGCGGAGAAAUCAUUCAUGAUGUACCUAACUUCGAAUAAUGAGCACUUUGAUGCCGUACAGCUAAAUGACGGCUUAGGAAUUCCACGGGGGGUGAAGGUUGUUUCUCCGGAGGAAGGUUUUAAGCAUCUAGGGGUCUAUCAUGGUGGUGAUAACCUUUGGGAGGCCACGAUUACACCUACCUGGGUCCGUCUCACAGAAGAAGCUGAUCGAAUCGUCCGGCAGAAACUUUCACUCGUGCAAUUUCGAUAUAUUGUGAACUCAGUCUGGAUUCCCCGUUUACGAUAUCCGGGGAGUAUUAUCAGGCAAGUUGCUCGGUCAGUGUUACGCCUCCCACAUUCCACUCCUAGAUCGGUUUAUUAUGAUAAAUUCAACAGCCUCGGAUUGUUGAGUUGCGAACUCGACGCCAAUGCCCACCGCUACAACGAAGCUGUUCGAAUACUGAACUCUGCCGAUCUACCGGUCUAUCAUUUGCUUGUCGAGUCACCAGAGAUGUACCAGGUGAACGCCGGACUUACGGAGAAUCCGCUUAGUGCACCUAUCAAACCCCCAGUACAGGUUACGACGUGGGCAGGGCGCAUAAUACGCUUCGCAGCGGCAAUGACCCCACCACUAAAGCUUGAUUGUAAAUGGAAGCAGCCACCCGCCGCACUCGCCAAACGUUCUAAUGAUCGACCAUUACUCCACUACACGCGGCAGGAGCUGCGACCAAAGCUGGUAGCUAUUAAUUGGAACACGGACUAUAAGCUGCAACUGUGGAACGCGGCUACCUCCACGGGUUCAACUCCAACAUAA